AUGGCGAGUGGGAUGGACCUGUAUACUGGCUUGGCUCAGUUCUCAUCUGACAUGUAUGGUCAAGUUGUGAUGGCUCAGACAAUGGACCAGCAAAAUGUACUCAUGUCCCCCCUCAGCGUCUAUGUAGCAUUGUUAAUGACGCUGGCUGGCACUGGAGGCCAAACCCGACUUGAACUACAGCAAAGUAUGCGUUUACCACCAGAGUUGGAAGGAGCCCCAUUGCAUGAUAUGUUUGGAUCGGCACUCAGAAAGAUAUCUUCAGAGUCGAAAUAUGUCACUGCGUCAUUGGCUAAUCGAUUGUUUGUGCUUCAAAAUAUGAAUAUUCGUGAUGAGUUUGAGGACAUCUUGAACAAAAGCUACUCUGCGGAGACAGAAGUGCUAGUCGACUAUGCAGAUAUGGAAGCAAAGCGGCAGAGAAUAAACCAGUGGGUUUCUGAGCAGACAAAUUCAAAGAUACCGGAGCUUCUUUCCGCAGGCGCACUCCAGGAAAAAAGCAUAAUGACUAUCGUGAACACAGUUUAUUUCAAAGGUAAGCACCACCAUUGUUCCCAUAUGUUUAUGUUUUUUAAAGGCUUGUGGAAGCUUCAGUUUGACAAGCAAAUGACGUCGAACGGUUUGUUCCACCGCAUAGACGGCAGUGCAGUGGAAGUACCCAUGAUGAAGGCCCGCAAUUAUUUUCCCUAUCAAGAUCUCCCUGAACUGCAAGCGGUGGCGGUGAAACUUCCGUUUAGAGAUACUGCGUAA